AUGCUGUCCGAAGUCCUGGGCGUCCUGCCAUGGCUGGCAAAGAUAGUUUUCUUGCACAGCGAUACAUCGCCGCUACCGGCGUCCGCCUCCUUCGCGCCUUCUUCCCCGAUACGAUCCCGCACUCAGUCGCCGCCGCCUGCAGACGACAGCCACGCUCCCAGGGAGCUUCACUCCGAAGUCGACCAAUGCCCCGUCCCGCCUCAUGAGCUGCUGCCCAUCCCGGGAGCGAGCUGCCACUUCCCACUUCCGCGACCUUCUUACGUUCGCCUUGCGGGUGAGGUGCUGCAGGAGUCGAUGGGGGACACUGUCUGGAAGAUCCGAUAUGCUGGGACCAGUAUGGUUGUCAAAGGCGGACCAGGUAUCACCAAGUCGGAAGCCGAGAUGACGGUGUUCGUUCGAGCGAAGACCACGAUACCGGUUCCGCAGGUCUACGGCGUUGUGCGCGAAGGCGUCGCAACCUACAUCUAUCUCGAGUAUAUCGAAGGCGAGGCGCUCCACUGGGCGGCGCCGAAAUUGGGCUCGGAUGGCCUUUCGACGAUCUCUGCGCAACUGCGGCGCAUGCUUGAUGAACUGCACUCGCUCGUCGCGCCCGAAGGAGCCGCUAUGGGCAGUCUCGACGGCAGCAACCUUUUCGCCUUCAGAUGCCGCGAAGACAACGCGAAAGUCCGCCAACUCGGGGCAACGGCUUCGACGAGCGCUUUGAUCGACAACUAUCUUCGCCCGCGCUACCUUUGCAAACAAGGCAACACCCCGGAAGGGUGGGCUACUAUCGACGCGCAUCUCGACCGAUCCGCCCCGCUCGUCUUCAUCCACGGCGACAUCCACGCCGCGAACAUCCUAGUAUCGGAGAACGAGGGAAAACCGGAAAUAGUCGCCAUCAUCGACUGGGAGUGCGCAGGCUUCUACCCGGAGUGGGUGGAGUACAGGGCGCCCGCUCGAAGGGCUGAAAGCGGCAAGUCGUUGACGGCUACCACGGUGAUGAUGGCUGUCUGCGGGCCCGCUGUCGGCUUUUCGAAACGCGCGCGCGACUACGAGACGGGCGUGGUCGCGGCGAGGAACACCUGGCAAGUCGCGUCGCUCAUCGAGUCCCGCCGCACGCUCGGCCUCAAGGAGUACACGGACUUCACCGGGUGGAACCCGGACAAGGACACCGCCGAGACCGCUUGCCGCAUCUACAAGCAUGUCGACAACCUCGAGCUCUACCCGGUCUUGAUGGCGGAGCAGCCGAAGCCUUCGCAGGAGGGAUCCGGUCUCGCUCCGGGCUACACCAUCUCGCACGCCAUCCUCUCGGACGCCGCCGCCCUCGUCCGCGGCGACCGCUUCGGGGCUGGAUUGUACGAAGCUCUAGCCGGAAGGAGAGAGGAAAUGAGGAUGAGACUUGCUCGCUUGCGUUCAGCGGGAACGCACCCAGGUCCAUUCGACGCCGAGUUCAUCCGUAAAAGGUUGCAAUCGAGGAAAGUUGGGCCGUAG